CCUGCCAGUUGCAGGCACAUUCUUGUGUGCAAACAUUUGCACCAUUAGCCCUUUGAACUCCAGGCAUACAAACAGUAGGGCACCUGGGAUCAACUUCUUAAUAAUAUAUUGAAACAUGACAUCAGUUAGAGGUGAGAGAUACCAGGACUCUCGAGGAGGCCUAUAUAUUUAGACUAUCCCUUAUCCAGAAAUCCAAAGGGCUUCAGAAUUGUCUACAUAGGAGGUUGAGACAGGUUGAGACUUUGUUUUCUGAUAGUUCAAAUUGAAUUGGAUAAAAUGGAUAACUAGAACCACGGAUAAGAGGAUCCAUGCCCGGCGAGUUCAAGCUAAACUGAAUGGACCAGGACAGAGAAACACCAGGUGGAAAACAAGCCACAGAGGUUUAUUCAAUUUGACCAAAAGGGAUACUCUCAGCCUCAAGUGAAUCAUUGACCAGACCAAUAAUCCUGAGUUUAUCUGGGCUGGCAUGGGAAAAUUAUCCAUCUCUGCAUACAUGAACAACAGAUUUUUGAUGAUUGUCUGUCUGGGAAACAGCCAGAGGUCCCCCAAAGAGACACAUCAAGGUAAUAGAACCAAGUCAACACCAUGAGACUCUCUGAAACUCUUGCAGCUUUGGUGGUCUUCCUGCAAAAUAUUUUGCAUUUUACUACAGGUCAAGAAAGGACGCUGCGCUUCGUGACACUGGUGUAUCGCCAUGGUGAUCGAUCCCCCCUUGGCACCUACCCAACGGAUCCCCACAAAGCAGCCGCUUGGCCAGAGGGAUUCCAGCAGCUCACCAAGGUAGGUAUUUUGCAACAAAAGGCUCUUGGAAAGUUUCUGAGGCAAAAAUACGAUGGAUUUUUGAGUUCUGCCUACAAACCACAAGAGAUAUAUGUUCGCAGCACAGAUUAUGACCGCACCCUCAUGAGUGCUCAAGCCAACCUGAUGGGACUCUAUUCAAACUUGGAUCCAGAGAUUGGCUGGAGUCCUGUUCCUAUCCAUACAGUGCCUAUUAAAUAUGAUAAGCUGCUGAAAUCACCAACUCGGACUUGCCAACGCUACCAACAUUUGAUGGAAGAGACAAUUAAUUUGCCAAGUUAUCAGGCUAAAAUGGAAGGCUGGAAGGGCUUCAUAAGAGAGAUGGCUAAUUACACAGGACUUAAAAUGGAGCAGCUCACUCUGCGGGGUCUUUGGAGAGUACACGACUCCCUUUUCUGUCAGAAAGUUCACAACCUGACUUUGCCUGGCUGGGCCACAUCCCGGGUUCUGAGGACGCUUGCUGAGAUAGAAGCAUUUAAUGUUGAAGCCCAUGUAGGAAUGCACGCCAGCCAGGAGAAGGUUCGAUUCACUGGAGGAUUGUUACUGGAUGCCAUCCUGAGCAAUUUCUCCAAAAUUGUGUGCCGAGAUCUGCCUCUCAAAAUGAUUAUGUAUUCUGCUCAUGACAGCACCUUGAUUGCUUUGCAUGGAGCCUUGGGCAUUUAUAAUGGUCACCCACCACCCUAUGCUGCCUGCCAUGGAUUCGAGUUCUACCAGGAAACCAAUAACUCAUUCAGUAUUGGCAUGUUCUAUCGCAAUACGAGCGACCAGCCACCUUAUGUAGUAACCCUGCCUGGCUGCUCCACACCUUGUCCACUUCCACGCUUCAUUCAACUCACCCAUACAGUCAUCCCACAUGAUUGGGAAACCGAAUGCCAAAACCCUCAGAAAAGCACAGGACGCACGGUAACAGCCCUGGCUGUGGCAGUAGCUUUGCUGAGCAUCAUGCUAAUUGGAGUGGGGAUUCUGUACUGCAGAAGUUAAUGGGAAGAGGAGCUCAUGACAAUUAGAAUUCCCCUCAUCCAAAGACAAACAUCACUAUAUCGUUGUGCGUCUCUGAAGUCAAUUGGAACCAAAGCAUAUUUAUGUAGGCCCUUAUGCAUGGAGAUUUAUAGGAGACCCCUAUCUGGAUAGGAUUAUCAAUACUAGCGGGUGUGAAAAUCAGGGCAUGGAAACGCCUCUCAGUGAAGGGACUACUGGUAAUGUAACUACUGAGAUCUGCCAAGGCUAGCUAUGGUUCAGACUGAAAGCACUGAAUCACAUUUCCCCCUGACUCUGGUGCAGGAAAGCUAUUCUUAUUUAAGGAUUAUUUUCUUUCCAUUUUUGUAGAAGAUUUCUAAGCCCUUUCCUGUAAAUAUGGCUUCAUUUGGGGAAGGAUACCACAACAAAUAGAAUUUUUAAAAAAUUAGUAUUGAUACUUUUUAAGCAUAUUAACAAAGUGCCUUAGUAUCUUGCGUCUUCAUUGCUACUGUAUAUGGCUUUCUUUCCAAUUUGUGGUAACCCUAUUAUAAGUUUUUUGAGAUAAAAAUAUGUUUUGCCCACUGUUACACCCAUGGGGUUCCAACUGUUCUUCAGAGCUGUAAUUUGUACUAUAGAUACAUGUGGAAUUCUGUUCUCUAAGAUAUCUCUUUUCUGAUUCUAAAACUUUGUGGCUAUUGUAUCUUGCAUUGCUACUCCUACAGGCUAGCAACUCUGG